AUGACACUUGUAUUAGAUUUAAUUUACUGUGUGUUGUGACGUUUCGAUCAAAAUAUUGAUAUUAAAUUAUUGUUGACUUCAUAUGCUCUCUUAUCUUUUUAGUUUUAUUUCUUUCGUAUAUAUAAACCUUAAUAAUGUCCACCACCCAACAAAUACCUGGCUUAGCGCAAAAGAAAGUUUUCAAAAUUAUUGUUUUAGGCGACUCAGGCGUAGGAAAAACUUGUCUUACAUAUCGUUUCUGUGAGGGUCAGUUUUUAGAUAUAUCCGAAGCUACCAUCGGCGUUGACUUUAGAGAGAGAACAAUACGUAUUGGAAAUGAAGAUAUUAAGUUGCAGUUAUGGGAUACUGCUGGUCAGGAGCGAUUCAGAAAGUCCAUGGUCUAGCACUACUACAGAAAUGUGCAUGCUGUAGUUAUAGUGUAUGAUGUCACAAAACCGGAGACAUUUCAUUCAAUAGUGAGCUGGAUGGAGGAGGUGGAGUCCCACGGGCUGAUGAAGGCGCCGCGCGUGCUGGUUGGGAACAAGUGCGACUGCGGCACCGUGGAGUCUCGCCUCGCCACCACGUACGCGCAGCGGGCCGCCGACAAGUAUGGAAUGCCUUUGUUCGAGACAUCAGCUUUGUUGGACUCCGAGUGUGACAAUGUGGAAUCAAUAUUCAUGACGCUAGCUCAUAAGUUAUACUCCAAACAACCCUUAAGGGUAGUCAGUGUUGAGGGCGAAGAAAACUAUAAUGUGGUAAAUCUACGGCGUCAGAAGACUCGGCACGGUAACGAGAGUAGCUGCCUGUGUAGCUAGAGAAGUACAAAUUAUAAUAUGGACUAAGUAUUAAUAGAUUAUCACAUAUUAUAUAUGGCAACUAAUAGAUGUAAGAUAAGUUGAGAGUCGAAAGAAAUGCCCUCAAGUUAUGGAUUGAGGUCCCUAAAGGGGAUUUCCCAAGCUCUCGAGAAAUCGGUGGCCAUGCCGUGAGCGCAGCCAUGAAAAAUUAAACAUUACAAAAAAAAUUAACAGGAAAGGCAACAUAUCACAUUUGACUGAUAUUCAUUUGCCGAUACUAAAUCUCCCCCCCCCCCUCCCCACAUGUUUCAGCUCGCGUCAAUAUUCCGUCGAUGGAAGAUUGAACGCCGAAUUGCAGAUUUUUUUUUAUCUACACGAUGCACCCAAUUCGGUAGACGAUCCGCGCUGAUCGCACACGUUGGUGUAUAUUCAUACCUAUCAGAGAUACGCUGAAUAUGGCGUUAGUUUUAGUUUGAAGCUGGUUUGUUAGUUAACCGGCGGUCCAAAUGUUGAAGUGUCUAUAGCUUGCACUUCUAUAUGGUGCGGAUCAUUUAAACCACAGAAAAAAAAAAAAAAACUAUUUAACCAUGAAGUCGACUUCAGUUCUAAAAUCCCAAUUAACUCGAUGCAGUUUUUUGGUAAUAAAACCUGCCGAAAUGGUAGCUGCCACCCGUACCAUGCUGCUGCUGUAAUCAUAUAUUUAUUAGAUGAACAGUAUGGGUGUUUGUCUUUAAUGUCGUUUAAAAAAAUUAAUGUGUAUAUAAAUAAGGAUAUUUGGUAAUAUCCACUAAUCUCUACCAUGUCUGCGUUGUAUAAUACAUAUACACAGGGUAACUUAAAAUUAAUCAUUAUAAUAAAAUAUAAUACUGAAUUAUUCAAAUAUAAUUAAUUAACUAUAUAUAAAUUAAUUACAUUUACAUUUAUUAUUAUAUUUAUUUGUAACAAAGCACCGAAUUAUUGACUUAUAUAAAUUUAUGCGAGGACGAGCAUUAUCUAUCACUUGCAGCCCUUCCCGGCUUCGCACGGGUGGACAUUUUUACGACAUUUUAAUAAGUGGUUAUUGUGACAUAACUAUAAUAGUUGGAUUGGAUAUAGUUCCGCUAAGUUUUAUGUAGUUAUUGAUAUUUUCUUCAAUAUUGUAGAACAUACUUUUGUUCUAUCACCAAUAGUUUCCGCAGCGCACGCCACAAAAGAUAUUUUAUAGCAUUUUUUUACACCUUGAGUUACGUUACUAAAGUUUUAGUAAGGAUCCCUUAUCUUUUCUAACAAUAAAUAUAGCCUAUGUUACUCAGGGUGAAUGUAGCUUUCUGAUGGUGAAAGAAUUUUUUAAAUCGGCAAAUUAGCUUUUGAGUUUAUUCGUUACAAACAUAUAUACACACAAAAAUACAAAUCUUUCCUCCUUAUAAUAUUUUAUUAGUGUAGAUAAAAAAGUUAUUGUCUCCACUCCUCCAUUUUUAAAAGCUUAUAGAUUUUAUUGUCUCUUUCCCUUCCAGGAUUGAGGGACAAUUUGAUUUAGGGAAACGAUUUAGAUUUUAAAGACAUUUAAUAUAAAAUUAAUUACACCGAAACCAGCUGACAUAUCUGAAAGAGAUUAUUUCUGUAUGAAUUUUACUAAUAUUACAGAUGUGAAAGUGAAUUUGUUUGUAAACCCUUGCUGACUUGGUGGCUCAAUUAUUAUAAAUUUGGGAUGGGACAUAGGUUACUUUUUAUUCCGGGCCGAUAUAUCUCAGUGACAUGGUCGAAAUGGCAUCCAUAACCACUAUUUUUCCUUACGUUGUUUUCUUAUUUGGAAUAUGUUCUUGUAAUUGUUUGCUAUUGUAAUCUUAUGGAGGAAACAAUAAAAGGCUCCUAAUAUCCUAUCAGUCUAUCUAGUUUUAUAAAAUUAAACAAAUGUAUUGUAACCAAGCCAAUAACAAUGAUAUUUGAAGUGUCUAUUUUUAUCAGAAUGCACCAAAGACUUUUAGUUAAGUAUAAAAUGUCGAUAGAAAAAAAAAUUAUUGUAGAUUAUUUAUAGUUUACUGACACUGUACAACAAAUAGCAUUUAUGAUGUAAUUAUUUUAUUGUGAAUAUUGUAUUAUAUUAUUAUUCUGUAAGGAAAUGUAAAAUAUAGAUAUAAUAAAUUUAUAGGACCAGAAAAUAUCUUAAAUAAAAUUUUAUAUUAAUAUUUAAUUUAUUAUUUAUUUAUUUAAAUAUUCUCAAUUAUUUGCGCUUUCUUAAUGUAGUACUACUAUAUAUAAAUAGAAUGAAUGAAUGAGUAUACUUUAUUUGCAUUAUACAAUAUAGGAAAUAAACAAAACAAUUUACAAACAUAACGAUACAAUUGUAUACGUACAGUAAGGCGGUCUUAUUGCUGAGAGCAAUCUUUUCAAGACAACCUUAAGGUAAUGUAUAAUACCGGUACAAGUAGGUAUAAUAGUGCUUUAUAAUUAAAAAAGAAUGUUUCCAUACAAAUGUUUCGAAAAAAGCAGGUCAACUAAUUUGACAACUAGCUGCCAGAAAUUACCCAAUUUUUAUCUAUAUAAUCUACGUACUAUAUGUAAUGAACUCCUUGCUACAUUUUUAUAUUCUUAAUGUUGGGACACUUGAUACGACACGACGAACUUAUGAACAUUAUAAUAGAAGGUAAGAUAGUAGGAAGGAGGGGAAGAGGGAGACCGAGGCAUAGUUACAUCAGGCAGAUCAAGGAAGGAGAUGGUGUCGUGUCGUAUCAAGAGGUGAAGAGGCUCGCUGAAAAUCGUAGUGAAUGGCAAGAGCUCCACCGACAAGAGCGCAGCUCUUAAAUAGGAUAGAUAGAUAGAUUGUCAUUUGAAAUUUAUAUAUUUUUUUGACAUAUUGUUUUUACAUUCAAAAUACAUUUUUUGCUAAUGUCUGUCUCCUCAACUUUUCUGUAGUUUUUCCAUUAUAAAAUCCUCUCAUUACAUAUUAAAAGUAUUAUCUCCGUUUCAUACUACAUCUUAGAUUAUAUGUUAUUUGUUUUUUUUUUUUAUGCAUAACCAUACAAAAAUAUUUCAUUUCAUUUCAAAGAAAUUUCUGGAAUAUCGAGCCAUGUUCAACCCUGUAGAAUGAUUUCCAACAAACGGCUUGCAUCGGAACGGAGUUUACUAUCUUUAAAUGAUAUUAAAUUGUGUACACAGUAUUUAAAGUCUAUAUUACCAAGCUGUGCCUAGCAUUUUGACCGCGGGUGUCUUCACGACACGUGAUUGUAGCCGAAAGCAUGCUUCGACGCGCGAUCGGCUCCGUUCGCCUGUUGUCAUAUCCAAUCAGACCCUUUUGGUGGAACCACUCAUUUUUAUUUUCGUCCUCUGUAUUUUUUUAUUAUUUUCUAAUGCAAAAGCCAACAAUACUACGUCAACUAUUUUCCAAAAUUAGAACACGUCUACACUAUAAUGGAAACUUUGCCUAGGCGCAGAGACAGAUACAUAUGCAAGCGACGGUACCGAGCCGAUCGUAUGCAUCGGUGUCCAGUCGGUUGCGAUCGGCUGUUGCUCCGUCGUCCGUUCGUAUCCAUUCCGAAUCGAUGCUAUGCGCUUCAUUUGAUGGAAAUCAUCCCUAUUUUGACAUGUAAAUUUCAUAUUCCAGCAUCCCAAUGUGAAAAUAUAUUUCGAAUAAUUUAUAUUGUAAGCUGUGUAUUAUUAAAUGUGAAAUUAAAUAUAUACUUCUUGUU